AUGCCACGAGAAAUUAUUACUUUAAAUGUUGGACAAUGUGGAAAUCAAUUGGGAAGUGAAUUUUUUAAGAAAAUAUGUUCAGAACAUGGAAUAUUACCUGAUGGAUCAUUAUCUACAAAUGAAUUUAUUGAUGACAGAAAAGAUGUAUUUUUUUAUCAAGCAGACGACCAACGGUAUGUCCCAAGGUCUAUUAAUAUUGAUCUUGAACCACGAGUGCUUGACUCAAUAAGAACAAGUGAGUGGAGUAAUUUUUAUAAUCCAGAAAACUUUAUUAUACCAACAAAUAAUGGAGCAGGAAAUUCAUGGGCAAAUGGAUACUACACUACAGAGAAAAUGAGUGAGAUAGAAGAAAUUAUUGAUAGAGAAGUAGAGCAUUGUGACAGUUUAGAAGGAUUUUUCUUCUGUCACUCUAUUUGUGGAGGGACUGGAAGUGGUUUAGGAAGUAAAAUUAUGGAAAUGAUUAGUGAAAAAUAUCCAAAGAAUAUACUAACUUCAUUUAGUGUAAUGGUAAAAGAAAAUCCAGAUGUUGUUGUUUCUCCUUAUAAUUCUAUAUUAACUCUAAGACGUUUAAUCACAGAAUGUCAAUCAGUUGUUGUAUUUGAUAACUCAGCUUUAGCAGAUAUUACACACACGCAAUUUGGGGUUGAUGAAGCAACGGUAUUUGAUAUGAAUUCUAUAAUAUCUUCUUCAAUGUCUGCUUUUACUGCAAAUCUUAGAUUUCCAUCAACUUUGUAUAAUUCUUUAAACAGUUUAAUGAUUCAUCUUUGUCCAUCUCGAUUUAGCCACUUCUUAAUGACAAGUUACACACCAUUACGUCAGGUUAAUCAAAUAUCAAGUAGAACAAGUGCUAUUGAUGUAAUGAAACGUCUAAUACAACCUCAAAAUAUUAUGGCUCGAACACGUUUAAAGGAAGGUAAAUAUAUUUCAAUGUGUGAUUUCUUUCAGGGUGACGUUAGUUAUGAUGAGAUUAAUGAAGCUCUUCAACGAUUCACUGACCGUCGGUUAGCUGAGUUUGUUCCUUGGAACAAAGAAGCUAUUAAAGUUGUUCACACAAGAGUUUCUCCUUUAGUCAAAAGAGGAAACAGAAUGAGUGGGAUGUUAUUGGCUAAUAAUACUAGUAUCAGAUAUUAUUUCCAAGACAUAUUAAAGGCUUUUGACCAGAUGUUCAAAAAAAGAGUGUAUUUAGAAAGUUAUAGGGAACAAUUUCACGAUAAUUUCCAGGAAUUUGAAGAGUCUAAAGAAAUUGUAAAAUGUGUUAUUGAAGAAUAUGCUAAAGCAGAGUCUAUUGAAUAUUCUGAUUAUUCUUAUCCUAUCCAUAAAUAUUUGAAAGGAAUUGCUAAAGAAAAAAUAGCUGAAUAA